UUGCUUACAACACCUGCAUUACAAAAUUAACGUUUUUUUUUCUUCUCACUGCUGUCUUUUUUAACCCAACAAGCAUGAAUCCAAGUGUUUGGAGCAACGGUAUGUAUUCUUCCAGCGGCAUUUGCCUUGACGGCUGCACUGCAGAGCACCUCUCCUCUUUUCAACCAGACCACUUGCUGUCAGAUUCAGAUGUGCCAGGUGAUUCUGUGUUCGUACACAAAGACAGCGAGGACAUGAAAAUGCUACCGGAGAGUGCUUAUUACAGCAGCAGGGAUGCUGCUUCAAGUUUGAUCUGUUCCAGUCAGCUGGAGCUCACUCCAACUAGAGACAGCACCGCUGGACAUUUACCCACGAGAAGGCACCAAUCUCCUGCAUCCAGCUCUUGUGGCCACUAUGACUGGAACUUAAACAGUGGCCAUCAAGCAAAGCGUGCCAGAGUAGAAAAUAUAAUCAAAGGCAUGACCAGCUCUCCUGGUAUGCACUGCACUGAUGUGAUGACAAAUCUGCACGAGGAGUCAGAUGGCAUCCCGGAAAAUGAAAGGAUUCAAGAUCAGGAGCACAUGGAAAGAAGUGGAUCUGACAGCCAGACGACACGAAAGCAGCAGGAGAGUCAGCAUCAGAACCUCAGACAGCUCAGAACAAGGUUCAAACAUGUGGACGGAGUAACCGACACUACAGACAGUAAGGACAAAAAGAAUCCUACUUGGAAUGAUUCUUCUGAAACAUCUCCCAGGGACGCAUUUAUAGAUUCACACAGUGAGUUUGAGAGCAGCACAAGUAUAAAAUAUCAAGGAUGGAAGAAGGGAAAACUGACUAACUACUUCCAAUCCAAAUCUGAAAGAAUAAAGCUGAUAGCAGAUGUUUUAAAGUACGAACUGUCCAGAGCUGUCACUAGAAGUGUUGACUCUAUUUUUAAAAGCAUGCCACUUCUACAGACAAAUGACGAGAUGAACGUAGAGACUGAUAUGCCUCUUUAUUCAUCAGUUGGUAAAGAUGAUAAAUUAGUCCCAGAUGUUCAAACCGAAGCUCUGUCUCUGGUUGUACAAAAGCCUCAACCGGAAGGAGAUGACAAGUUCACCCUCCAGUCCAGAUCAAGAGCUCACCAUCAUCCCAGACCUCCAGUCCCCUUCGGCCGGGACUCCGCUCUGCAUGAAGAUCAGCCGUCAGAGAAGAAUCACAGCACCGCCCUUCAACAUGCCCUCAGAUUCUUGCACAAUGGAUGCUCCGAAGUUGGUCAAGCAAAGUUUGAGGCGUUUGAUUGGAAUUCGGUCAAAGUGAGAUCGAAGGUCAACUCCAGAUGUGUCAGAAGCCCCCAGACUCCCAGUGUGUCGGUGGAUCCCAUGCUGUUGGAAAGCCUGUGUCUCCCUCAUGUCAAGAUUGAGUCCGAUUGCCUGGUGAAUAAUAACCUGUACAUGCUGAAUGAGGGGCUGACCACACAUCAUCUGAAGAAAGCAAAGCUCAUGUUCUUCUACACUCGCUACCCAAGCUCACUGAUACUGAAGAUGUGUUUCCAUGAUGUGCAGUUCACGCGCUGCAUCACCUCUCAGCUCAUCAAGUGGUUCAGCAACUUCAGGGAGUUUUACUACAUCCAGAUGGAGAAGUUUGCCCGGACCGCUCUUCUAGAAGGAGUGGCCGACGUGAGGGGUCUGACUGUGGGGAGAGAAUCAGACCUUUUCAGAGCUCUCAACAUACACUACAACAAAGCCAACGACUUCCAGGUCCCUGACAGAUUCUUGGAGGUUGCCAAGAUUACAUUGAGAGAAUUUUACAUUGCCAUUUCAAUGGGCAAAGAUCGUGAUCCAUCGUGGAAGAAAGCAAUCUACAAGGUGAUCUGUAAACUGGACAGUGACGUACCAGCUGAGUUCAAAAGUCAUCACUCUGGAUGAGAACCAACCAGAAGAUAUCCUGUGCCACA